GGAGUGCAACCUCCCAGUUGUAGCAAACUGAGCUCAGAGACAGAGAAAAGAUUUCCACCACUCCCAGCUUAAUUUUUACCAAAGUAAAACAGGAAUUGCUGCAGGAGAUAAAGCGAGCACCGGGCACACGUUAUUUUGCAGUGUCCUUGCGGGACACAUUGCUUUAAAUGUAGAUUUUGCUUGUUGUGAAGAUUAUCCAAUGCUUAGUUUAAAGUGCCUGUGGCUGCUUGCAGCGAUUCUGCUGGUGAUCCAGACACAGAGCUUGGAGGCAGCGGCCUGCCAUGGGUGUAAAGUGAGCUCACAAUGUGACUGCAGUGGAGUGAAAGGAGAGAAGGGUUUAAGGGGCUUGCCUGGUUUCACAGGUCCUAUGGGAAUGCCGGGAUUCCCAGGAGUCGAAGGACCCCCAGGUUUGGUGGGACCCAAGGGGGAUUUUGGUGAAUCAGGACCAUCGGGAUCAAAGGGAAUCCGAGGCCCUCCAGGGUUGCCAGGAUUUUCAGGAACUCCAGGUCUGCCUGGUUUACCAGGUCAAGAUGGGCCACCAGGCGAGCCAGGAAUCCCAGGGUGCAACGGUACAAAGGGUGAAAUCGGUCCCAUUGGUACUUCAGGGUUGACAGGUAUUCAAGGCCCUCCGGGAAAUCCUGGUUUACAAGGAAUGAAGGGUGAUCCAGGCGACUCAUUUGGAGACUUCUCGGGAAUAAAAGGGGAUCGAGGUUUUCCAGGCAACCCGGGAAGUAAUGGUCGACCAGGUAUUCCCGGUCUCCAGGGUCCCGUAGGUCCCCCCGGCCUUUCUGGUGUUCCAGGUUCUCCAGGUAUCCCCGGGCCUCCUGGUCCCAAGGGAAACAUGGGAUUACAGUUCCGUGGACCAAAGGGCAAAAAGGGGGAUCAAGGAGUCCAGGGGCCUCCGGGUGAGCCAGGACCUGGGGCAGUUUCAGGCUCUCCUGAAACCAAAGUCGAGAAAGGAGAAAGGGGUCAGAAAGGAGAAACUGGAGUACCUGGUCAAAGAGGAGUUCCUGGGAUUCAUGGACUUCCCGGUUUAGCAAUAAAAGGUGACAAAGGCCAACCUGGUGAAUCUGGAAAACGAGGCAAACCUGGUAAAGAUGGUGACGCAGGGCUUCAAGGUCCCGAGGGUAUACAAGGUUAUGCAGGUGAACCAGGGAUUCCAGGAUACGAUGGCGCUAAGGGAGAUAAGGGUGAAACGGGGAUUGCUGGUCCUCCUGGUCUUAUUAUUGAUAUACACGGAAAUGUUCUUUACGGCGUCAAAGGUGACAUGGGUCUCCCAGGUACACCUGGACAGAAAGGUGAUACAGGACCCACUGGCCCUCCAGGACUUGCAGGUCUACCAGGUUCUCCAGGUUUAUCCCUGCGAGGAGAAAAAGGUCUUCCCGGAUUCUCUGGUGAACAAGGUCAGAAAGGCGAGCAAGGUAUUCCAGGAUUGUCUCUGUCAGGUUCCCCAGGAAGGGAUGGUUCGCCAGGCCCAGCUGGACGUCCAGGCCCCCCAGGAUUGCAAGUGCUUGUUGAGGACUGCAAAGAUUUGACUGGACUUCCAGGGCCUCAAGGAUCCCCAGGGCUACAAGGAGAAGCAGGACAGAAAGGCAGCAAAGGCGAUACGUGUUUCCACUGUGAAUUUGCAUUGUCACCUGGGCCAGCUGGUCCACAAGGUCCACCAGGACGAUCGGGUGAGGAUGGGGCUCCAGGUAUCAAGGGUGACUAUGGUCCACCAGGAAGACCUGGUAUUGAAGGCCAGCCUGGAGCUCAAGGGGUACCAGGUCCUUUGGGUUAUCCUGGAUCAAAGGGUGAACCAGGUGAUUUCCAGUUUUCCCCUGGACUAAAAGGAGAUAAAGGAGACCCAGGUUUUUCAGGCAGACCAGGUGUUUCUGGGCUGGAUGGAAUACCCGGAAAGGAUGGGUUGCCAGGUCUUCAAGGGUUGAAAGGUGAACCAGCCACUAUUGCUUUCAAAGGGGAUAAGGGUUUCCCAGGAAUUCCAGGCUUAGCUGGGCUGCCAGGAGACAUGGGUGCUCCAGGGCAGCCAGGAAUUGGUGAACCAGGGCUUUCAGGUGAAAAGGGCGAAAGGGGAACUUCAGGUCAACCGGGUGUCCCUGGAACACCAGGUCUUAAAGGUGAACCAGGCACAACUGUAAGUAAACCAGGCUUGCCAGGCCCACCUGGAAUACAGGGAUUUCCAGGUGAACCAGGUAGUCAAGGUGAUGCAGGUUUUCCAGGUAUAUAUGGUGAAUCAGGUGCUCAAGGACACAAAGGUGACUCGGGCCCACCAGGAAUAGGAAUUCAAGGCUCAACUGGUCCCAAAGGUAUAAGUGGAAUGCCCGGAGUUCCAGGUUCACCUGGAGGGGCAGGACCUCCGGGAAAUGAUGGUUUCCCAGGUCAACAGGGUCUAAAAGGGCAUAAGGGAGAUCCAGGAUUUGGUCUUCCAGGCCCGAAAGGACUACCAGGGCCACUUGGCUUUGAUGGAAUGCCAGGAACGAAAGGAGAUGUGGGACUCCCUGGGAUUCCUGGAGAGUCAGGUCAACCAGGCUUGCCUGGUUUUCCAGGCAUUAAAGGUGAUGUUGGUCUCCAGGGCACACAUGGGCCUCCAGGUCCUCCUGGCUCUGCAGGAAUUGGUGUCCAAGGACCACCUGGAAAGCCAGGCCCCCAAGGUGCCAUAGGCCCUCCAGGAUUUUCAGGCCAACCAGGAGAGAAAGGUGACCCUGGCUUCCCAGGUCUAGAUAUACCAGGACCUCAGGGAGAGAAGGGCAGCUUUGGAAUCAAAGGUAACCCUGGUCCCACAGGCUUUAUGGGUCAAAUGGGUCCACGUGGAAGAGAUGGACUUCCAGGUUAUCAGGGUUCUAAAGGAGAAAUGGGAGUAAUGGGCACUCCAGGCAGCCAAGGUUUCAUUGGUCCUCCAGGAAAUGCUGGGUUCACAGGUCCAAAAGGCAGCCCUGGCCAAUCUGGUUACCAAGGAUAUAAUGGAACUGCAGGUGAGAAAGGUGACCGAGGUGAGCCUGGACUUAAGGGACCAGCAGGAGAAAUUGACAAAACUUUAAUGGAGCAAAUGAAAGGCCAGAAAGGUGAAAUCGGAGAUUCAGGAAAGCCCGGGUUACAAGGAAUAAAGGGGAGUGGAGGAGACCCCGGCUUGCCGGGAUCACCAGGAAAAGAUGGUGAUCCUGGAUUACCAGGACAACAGGGGCCAGCAGGUGAUCCAGGUACUCCAGGAAAACCAGGCCGUGAAGGUUUUCCAGGAGCGAAAGGAGGUUUAGGAGAAAUGGGGCUUCCAGGUUCUUCGGGAUUUCCUGGUGAUCCAGGAGCUACAGGACAGCCAGGGCAGCCAGGGUAUCGUGGUAUCAGUGGUGAAAAAGGUACAAAAGGUGAAACUGGCAUACCAGGCAUUGGAAUUCCGGGUGAUCCUGGUCAAAAGGGAGAUCCAGGAUUAACUGGCCGGACAGGUAUUCCUGGGUUCAAGGGCUCACCAGGUUUCCCAGGGUUGCCAGGUGCUAUUGGUCCAGUAGGACCCAAAGGAGAAUCUGGAACAGCAGGGAUUUCAGGUGGUCCAGGGUUUCCGGGAGAAAAAGGUCAAGUCGGUGUUGUUGGGGAAAAAGGGUUAUCAGGAAUUCCUGGCGAGCCAGGUAUUCCUGGUCCUAAAGGUCAAUCAGGCCUCCCUGGAGAGAAAGGUAAAGCAGGACUCGAUGGAAUCCCAGGAACAAUUGGUGAAAAGGGUAAUCAAGGUUCUACAGGAUACGGUAUUCCAGGGCGUUCUGGACAAAGUGGUGUAAAAGGGUUGAAAGGAGAUCCUGGUUUACCGGGUUACCCAGGCUCGUCUGGCAUUCGUGGCCUCAAAGGAGAACAAGGGUUUCCUGGUCAAAAAGGCCAGCAAGGUCAACAAGGCCUUCCAGGUCCACCAAAUGUUGCUUUGGAGGGUCCAAAGGGUGAGCAAGGACUGCAGGGGGUCCCAGGACAUCCAGGUGCCCCUGGUGUGCAAGGAGAGGUUGGAACUCCAGGGUUUAGUGGAAACAAAGGAAUCAAAGGAGAUCAAGGUUUACCAGGAUUACCAGGUUUUGCAGGACCUAAAGGACAGCCAGGGAUCCCAGGUCCUCCUGGUAACGCAGGCCUGCCUGGUGCUUUUGGAUUGAAGGGCGAUUCAGGACAUCAAGGAGUUCCAGGGUUCAAUGGAAUGAAAGGAUUGCCGGGCCAAAGAGGCUCUUCAGGUCAACAGGGUGAUCAAGGUAUCCCUGGUCUGAGGGGUCUGCCAGGGCCACCUGGUCCACAAGGUCCUGUGCAGGUAAUAACAGGUGAACCUGGUUUACCUGGACCAGAAGGGUCACAAGGUGCUAAAGGCUUUCCAGGAUUUCAAGGUCAAAAAGGUGACAAAGGUCUAAUGGGCUCAGAAGGUAACCCUGGCCGAGAAGGGCUUCCUGGAUUUGAUGGGAUAUCUGGCCAGAAAGGAGAACUUGGUCCAUCUGGUCAUCCAGGUCCAAGAGGAUAUCCUGGUCCAACAGGGCCCCUGGGCACGCCUGGGCCUCGUGGGUUUCCAGGUCCCGCAUCAAUAGCUCAUGGCUUUCUUGUUACCAGACAUAGCCAAACAACUGAGAUCCCUACUUGUCCUGGGGGCACAGUCCAAAUCUAUGAUGGGUACUCUCUGCUUUAUGUACAAGGCAAUGAAAGAGCUCAUGGGCAGGACUUGGGUUCGGCGGGAAGCUGCCUGCAGAGAUUCAGCACCAUGCCAUUCUUAUUUUGCAAUAUCAAUAAUGUCUGCAACUUUGCAUCUCGAAAUGACUACUCCUUUUGGCUGGCAACUCCAGAGCCAAUGCCAAUGAGCAUGGCUCCGAUUACCGGGCAAAGUAUCAAACCCUUUGUCAGCAGGUGCUCUGUUUGUGAAGCUCCAGCAAUGGUGGUUGCUAUCCACAGUCAAACAAUCCAAAUCCCGGCUUGCCCCAGGGGUUGGAAUUCUCUUUGGAUUGGCUAUUCUUUCAUAAUGCACACAAGUUCUGGUGCUGAGGGCUCAGGACAGGCCCUGUCCUCGCCAGGCUCAUGCCUAGAAGAAUUUCGCUCUGCCCCCUUCAUCGAAUGCCAUGGACGUGGGACUUGUAACUACUACGCUAACUCAUAUAGCUUCUGGCUAGCAACUGUUGAGACUUCAGAGAUGUUCAGGAAACCAGAAUCUGAGACCCUUAAAGCAGGAGAACUGCGAACACGCAUCAGCCGUUGCCAAGUCUGCAUGAAGAACACGUAAUGUAUUCUGAUAGUUCAAGCUCAUUAGCUGAUUCAAACAGUUUGGUUGAACUAUGGUGCUAUUCUAUAAUAAAGCAAUACGACAAUAUCCUCACUCAUUUAUUGUGCCAAGAAAAAGUGCAUAGCAAUAAGAAUGGAGCUUCAGCCACAUAAAGCUUAUUGCAAUUCCAAUUGCUGCCUUACUGCUCUAAAAGAAAAAAGUUUAAUAUGAGCUUCAACGCAUUGACAUACUAAAUGGCACUUUCUUUGUUAAAGCAAUGCACUGAAUAUUAACAGAAAUAAGAAUACAUACAGAAUAAUAAAUAUGUGGGAGGCAAUUAAGACUGUAUCAAAAGCAUUUGCAUGAUGUCCUAAACUGUAACAGCAGUUUGUGUUUGUCGACUAGUGCCGGCUGGGGACCUUUUUGACAGGUGAGACAAUCUGAAUUUGCCUAUCCAAGCCCUCUUGUUACCAGGAUCACAAGGUCUUUGCACAUGUGCAAUAUCUUGGCCUCUCUCCCACUGCCCUGGCUCCCAUGCUGGUACUGCCAUGUUUCCCCAACUCCUCAAAUUCUAGGUGAGGCAGUGCCUCACCUGACGAGCCAUCACUGCUGUCAACCAAAUCCUGUAGGGCCGUAAUGUUUAAUUGCCUCCCACGCAUUUGUUACUUUUAUAUAAUAUAUACUAAAUAGUUCCUUUUGCAACUACAUUUGUUUCCUCACUGGGCAUGCUAGGCAUGUUUGGGCCAAAAAAAUUACAGCUGAUAGUGACAUACAGCCUGAAAGUAUGUGACAUGCCAUUUAUUGCAGUAUUGCAAGGCCUUUUUGGCUGUGGUUUACUAGUUUAUGUAAUAUUUAGUAUAUAUUAUAAAAUUCUAGAAAAGGUGCUACCAACUACAGUAUACACUAUCAUCUAACCUGUUCAGCUGUUAUACUGUUGUAAGUAAUCUGUUCAUUUAAUAGCUCUGCAUUAUUUUGACUGCUAUCUAUUUUCACUUUUGGUCACUCUCUUAAGUGCCCUUAAACUGCAACUUCUAAACACUUGUUUUUCCAUUGAUGAAAUUAUACUAAUAUAUGCAUGGGUUCUUCGAUUGCAGUUAUUGUAAACAAUUGGUUCAUGAUUGUUUUUUUUUUAAAAAUUCAAUGAGAAUCACUAGUUGCAUCCUGUUACCAACCACUUAGCUGUUUCUUUCAGAUAUAGUAAAACUCUGCAUCUUUUAGCAGUAACAUCUCAGUUGUGUCUAUUACUGGAGCUGAGUUUAGUUGCAUUACAGAAAUUGUGGCUUUCACUAUUGGGCAACAAUUCUAACAGAACAUUUUAAAUGAUGAGUUUUUUUACUCCUGAGUAAUAGUCAACAAGUGUGUGUUUCCACCUAGAAGGAAACAUUGUACAUAUGUGACAUAAAUCAGACAAUGUUCCAAUGAGCAUUUUAAAUGUACAAAAGGUUUUUUCAACAGAUGCAUAAAGCCAAUAAUUUCUCUUUUGCUUGGAGCAGCCUGUAACUAAGUGGUUAUAAUGCAUACUCCACAUGUGCUUAAUCAGGUUAAUGUUGUUUUGAUGAAAAUGGUACUUUUAAAUGUUCUAACCACUAUUGUUUGCUGUUGGCCAUGAGAGAAGGCAGUCACAGUUGACUUGUUGCAUUGUGCUGCAUGCCUUUCCUACAUUCAAUAUUUUGCUGAAGUUCGUGUGCAGAAGCAUGUGUGUUAAACAAUGGAAAGUAACAGAAAGAACAAGAAGCAAUGAAUAGAGAACGAUUGCAUUAGCUUCAAGUUAAACAGCCAAUGAAUUGUCAUGAUGUACUGAAUAAAGAUGGUUUAAUCGCUGUUCCUUCUGGAAAUUAAUGUUUUUGUUGAAUCCUAUCUGAAUCAGUCUAAUAUUAUUAUCAGGGUUUUGUAAAUUACAUACCAUACACUGAAUGACUUGAUUGUUCUCACCUAAGAGGCCUUGAUUUGUUGUAUUUUUAUACUGUUUUGUAUUAAAAAGGUUCAGUAAUAGGUUAUAUAUGAUGUGGAUGUUCUAUACUUUGAUUGCUUGAUCAGAAACAAUUUAGGGCUUAAAUAAUUCCAUAUAUAACAUUUUGCCCAUUAGCCAAAGAGUUAUAUGGAAAGAUUAAGGUCAUUUAUUUCUUGAUGCAGCUAACUAAAAUAUUUCUUGUAUUUCUUCAACCCCAUUUGUACAUCAUAAGCCAUGAGGAUUAAAAUAAAUAAUUUUGUGUUAAA